AGGGAAGUUGUUCUUGAUACAAACUGGCAUAAUUCAUUCAGUCAUAAUGAAUACAUCCUCCCCUCGAAUGAUACGUUGACGUAAAAAGUGCCACCUUAUUUUGCACCUUGUGAUUGGCCAGAAGUAGAGGAGGGGAGAUUGUUUGUUUCCGGUAGACUGUAAACAUGAACAGCCUAAGGUGCUAUACUAGGUCGGCAAGUCAUUUCAUUAAAAGCAGCUGCAACAGAACAUUUUCCUCCUCACAAGCUGUAAUGGCAUCACAGCGGCAUAAAAACUCCAGAAGGAUUGAGGGACUUGACAAGAAUGUGUGGGUGGCCUUUACAUCGGUAGCAGCCGACCCCUCGAUUGUCAACUUGGGCCAGGGUUACCCAGACAUCCCUCCGCCUCCCUAUGUAAAAGAAGGUCUAGCCCAAGCUGCUCUAGUGGACAGGAUGAACCAGUACACCAGAGGCUUUGGUCAUCCAUCUUUGGUGAAGGCUUUGUCUCAAGUUUAUGGGAAAGUCUAUGGCCACCAGAUUGAUCCAUUCAAGGAAAUACUCGUCACAGUGGGUGGCUAUGGCUCCCUGUUCAGCACCAUGCAAGGCCUGGUAGAGGAGGGAGAUGAGGUCAUCAUCAUUGAACCCUUCUUUGACUGUUAUGUGCCCAUGGUUCGAAUGGCGGGUGCCAAGCCUGUUUUGAUACCAUUAAGACUUAGGCCUCGUGAUAAGAACAAUGUCUCCAGCGCUGAUUGGGUGUUGGACCCAGAUGAGCUAACAAGUAAAUUCAACUCCAAGACCAAGGCCAUUAUAAUCAACACCCCCAACAAUCCCAUAGGGAAGAUAUUCACCCGGGAUGAGCUGCAGGUAAUCGCUGACCUCUGCAUCAAACACGACACCCUGUGUUUCAGCGACGAGGUGUACGAGUGGCUCAUCUACAAGGGGCACCAACACGUCAAGAUAGCUACCCUUCCUGGUAUGUGGGAGAGAACUAUCACUGUCAGCAGUGCAGGGAAGACGUUCAGUGUGACAGGCUGGAAGCUUGGUUGGUCUAUAGGACCAGAACACCUGAUAAAACACCUCCAGACCGUGAUGCAGAACACCCUGUACACCUGCCCAACACCUUUACAGGAGGCCGUGGCCCAGGGCCUGCUCCGGGACUUCCCUCUCAUGGGCCAGCCUGAGUGUUACUUCUCCUCGCUGGCCGUGGAGCUGGAGGGGAAGAGGGACCGCAUGGCGGCCAUCUUGCGUGACGCCGGCAUGUCUCCCAUCAUCCCGGAGGGCGGCUACUUCAUGGUCGUGGACGUGACGCCUCUCAAUAAGGAUCUUUCACACAUGGCGGACGAUGAACCGUACGACUACAAGUUUGUAAAAUGGAUGAUCCAAGAAAAGAAACUGGCUGCUAUUCCUGUCACCGCAUUUUGUGGGGACGCCUCCAAAAAGCAGUUUGAGAAGUACAUCCGCUUGUGCUUCAUCAAGCAAGACGCCACUCUUGAUGCUGCCGAGGCCAUCCUGAAGACCUGGAACAAAGAUGUGUGAUGCGGUGGUUUGCUUUGAGGCCUUAUCUGUCCAUGCACAGUUCAUAGAGAACCUUCCCCCUUGGAACAUGGCAAUAUCUUAACUAGAGGAACAGGGAUGUGACUUUCUUGAUAGUGAUUCUGUAGGGGGAUAGUUUGCGUUGGGUCCAGUCACUGUUAGAAUAUGACAAGUACAUCACUUUUAUAUUAAUGGACCCGAUCUUAAACUUUCUUCUAUUUUAUUGGUGACUUAAAGAGCAUGAUAAAGAACUUCUGGAAGUGAUGAAUGGACUGGCUCAUGACAGGGACUGACUGUUAUGAACAGUUUUCAUUUUUCCUGUGUACGGUUUACCUGACUGGAAAGUUAAAAAGAAUGAAAAAGGGAGAUUUGAUCUCUGAUAGGCUUUGCUUGCCUGUUGCACCUCAAACAGUACAGCCAUCCUUCUGUACCACUGUGAACCUCCACCAGAUGCCCACUCAGCAUAAUGGGUUGUGUUCUUCUGAAAACUGUACUCCACAUUUAAUGUAAUUCUGAGAGAAGUUCUAAUAACGUGAUUAAAUACAUUUUGAAUGAUAUUUUUACACAGGAAGGUC